AUGUCGCCGCCAACACCUAAGAGUCCAUUCCUUUUCCAGACAGGCCGUUCCCUUCCAACGCCUCUCGUCACUCUCAACGACCUGAUCAUGGCCGAUCCCUCGCAAGAAACCCUUCCGCAGACCGCAUCUGUGGCCUCGCCAACCACCGUCGCAGCACCCGCCCUUGCGCCCAUAUCAAACGGCACCCCAGCCGAAGAUGUCGAGAUGGCAGACUCGGCGCCCGCCCAGCCUUCAGCUGUAGAGCAAUCUGCGCCCACAGAAACAUCUGCAAUUGCUUCCGAAUCCGCGCCAGCGCCCCCAUCGGAGCCACAAGCACAACCACCUCCAGUCCAACAGCAGCAACAACCCGCGCAGCCCGCUCUCUCAGCACCUUCACCCGCCCCAGCUCCCGCAUCAUCGCGCAAUUCGCCGCAUCCGAGUGGACCUGCGCAGAUACCUGUUCAUGCGACGCUGCAUGGAGCACCUACACGGCAGUAUUUGAAUCAGCAUGUCACGCCACAUCUGCUGGAGGCGAUGAAGCAUUUGGUUACGGAAGAACCGGAGAAGCCGCUGGAGUUUUUGAGCAAGUGGUUGGCGCAGAAGAGUGCGGAGCUUGAGGGUUGA